AUGGGCCCAGGGCAUGAAUGACACCCAUCUUGUCGUCGGCGCCACCUCAGCUGCUCCCAGAUUGCAGCCAUGUCGCCCGUCCACACCACCGCGAGACAGCAGGCCAGCUUCAUGCUGGACAGCCGUCGCCAAUCACCGCCCGGACCCUGCCAGUUUCCGAUUUUCCUCAUGAAGCGCUGUCCUGCACAGCCUCAGCAGACCACCCAAUCGUGCCCACUAGUUGCAGAUUUGCUUCUAGAAGGCCGUGGCAUCCAAGACAGCCAGCAAACACAACAGCCGACCGUCAGAAGACAACCGUCGUUUGUCAAAUGGCGUCUCGGAAUCGCCGCCGCUACCUCCCUGUAUCCGCUCGACCAUCCUCAGCAGUCGCGGGGCGUCAGUGGGCGUCAAACGUGGGCUGCAGAUCAAUUCCUGCGCCGCACACGUUUGGCUGGUAGUAGCUACGCCAUCGCAUUGACGAGAAACAUCCGCGUCGCACCCUGCUUCGUCAUCCCCCGGAUUGUCAACGCUCACGACAUCAAUGCGGCGCAGUAUCCUCUUCAGGCGAUGUCGUUGACAAUGACGAAGCAACCUACGAAACCAUUUAAAUUUCCGGACUCCAGAGCUCAAGUGCCGAGUUUGAUGCAUUGUCCUGCCCAACCCUCAACAGAUUCUGGCUUCCUAGACAUCGUCAAACUGCCGCAGGGCGAUUCCCAAUACGGGGAGAAUGCAGCUUCCUCAAGAAUGUUUGUGGAGCUUGGACAACAACCAGCCGCGCUCCUUGGGGCCAAAGGAACACGAUCUCCUUCCUCCUUCAUCCUUCAGAUAUGA